AUGGGUCAUGGCGAGCUAGAAGAGAUAUGCGAUCGGUACCUUAGCCGCAGAGAAGAGCAACAAAAGGUGACAGAAGCUGUGGAAAGGUGCCUACGGAAAGGAUACGACUAUGAUAAAAUGAAGGACCGCGUUCUCGACGCCAUAACGGACUCUCAUCGGGCACACAAAGUGAUUUCAGCCAUUUGUACUGCAUACCCGCAAUUCCGCAAGAGAACUAAGGACCGCGUUCUCGACGCCAUAACGGACUCUCAUCGGGCACACAAAGUGAUUUCAGCCAUUUGUACUGCAUACCCGCAAUUCCGCAAGAGAACUAAGUUCGAAGAGAAUAAGGAUGACUCAAAACGGCGGAAAAAGGAACGCAGUGAUAGGAGCAGAUCACGAGAGAGGAGUAGAGUUAAGGAUAAGGAAAGAGAGAAGGACAAUGAUAGAGAACGGCGGCGACGAGAGGAAGCCUACAAAAAAGAGCUAGAAAAGGAGAAAGAGAAGGAGAAACUGAAGAAUUUGGCUAAAGAAUUGUAUCAGAAGAAAUUAGAGGAAGAAGAAGCGAAGAAGAAUGUUGUCGUAACAGAGGAAACAUUGAGAGCUAAGGAACUCAUGUACAAAGCACAACAAGAAAUCGAAGAGCGAAAACGUCAACUUGGUCUAGCAGCAGCCUCGCAAACUCUUAUUGGAGUCGCUCCUGUUCCAGCUGCAACUGCAAAAAAUGUUGCUUUACGACCACAGGAAGCUCAAAUGUUCAUACAAGCCUCUAUGAAUAAGAAGAGUAGAGUUGACGAGUUAAAGGCGAAACUCGCAAAAGCUACCUCCACCAUCAGCUCCUUGGUACGGCCCAACGCACCAGUGAUGGCUCCACUACCAGACAUCGCUCCUGGUAUUCUGAAAGAACGCGAAGAAGAAGCGGAAGAAGAGUUGCUGGAGUUUAUGGACCCACGCAUCGUGGCAAGACCUGCCGAGAGGAAGAAGAAAAUGUUUAAUUUCCAUGAGAAGGGAGAGUUCGAACAACUUGCUAACAAGCAGAGGGCUGUUGCGAAGUUGGAAAGGUUGCAGGCCGAGAUUUCCCAAGCUGCAAAGAGUACCGGGAUUUCAUCGGCAGUGAAGUUAGCGAUGAUCACUCCGGCCGGAAAAAGUUCCGACGAAGUGCCGGACAUAGAGUGGUGGGACUCUAUUGUUUUGGAAUGUGAUAGCUACGAUGAUAUUCCUGGCACUGAUGUGGAUUCGCGAUUCAAAGACACCAUCAGUGAACUCGUGGAACAUCCAAUAAAGUUGAAAGCUCCAACGGAUCCUCUCACCCCACAGUACCUCAAGCACAGUGCUAGUUGUAGUGUGGCUGCUCUUCAGGUGUAUUUGACAGCGCGCGAGCGCAAAAAGAUUAGACGGCAGAAUCGUAAAGAGAUGCAGAAAGAACGUACGGAAAUGAUUCGGAUAGGUCUUGCUAAGGCGCCUGCUCCCAAAGUGAAAAUUUCAAAUCUUAUGAGGGUUCUGGGAAGCGAUGCAGUCCAAGAUCCAACGAAGAUGGAGGCGCACGUAAGAAAACAAAUGGCCGACCGACUAAAGAAGCAUCAGCAGGCGAACGCGGAAAGAAAACUGACCGACGAACAGAAGGCAGUGAAGAAAACGAAGAAGAUUGCUGAAGACACAUCAUUAGCCGUUCAUGUCUCUGUAUAUAGAGUCAAAUCGCUGCUUCAUCCGUCUAAAAAAUUCAAAGUGGAGAUGAAUGCGAAGCAGCUUCAAAUGACGGGUGUGAUUUUAUUGCAUAAAAAUAUAAAUCUUGUUGUUGUGGAAGGAGGUCCCAAGCAACAAAAGUUCUAUAAAAAUCUAAUGCUGAACAGAAUAAAAUGGGAAGAUGAGGUAAUCGGGCAGAAGAAGGAUGCCGACAAGGACGCACCAGGAGAACGGAAUCAUUGCCAGUUGAAGUUUUCCGAACUGAGAGAUUAA